AUGGACAUAUACACAUUCACAUGCACACACACACCCGCAUACAGACACACACGCAUACGCACGUACAUGCGCAUGUAUACACACAUACACACACACACACACACACACACACACACACACAUACACACACACACAUGGGCACAUAUACAUACAUUGCAUAAUUGGCAUAUUUUAACACCUACACCUGUAUCUAUACCUUUCUGA